AUGUGUCUUUCUGCGAAAGGAGGCAAUCAGUACGGGGCCUGGACAUGCAGAAAGCCUUUGAUUGCUGAUAAAUUGAGAGUAUGGCGCGAGGCCAAGCGAUCGAUCCUGACUGCACUCGCGAUCGCAGCUGUGCUCGUGACAAUUCUAGCCACAUACGCCCAAAUGAUGCCACCGUUGCAGGCUCAAGAUUGGGCGACUAUACGGCAGUUUCCACCGCUUUCUAUUCCUCAGCUUGCUGCUCAGAGAGAUGUCAUUCAAAGAUAUGCAGCAGAACACAUGGUGGCGACACUGGUUGGCUGGACUUUGGUUUACGUCUUCAUGCAGAUGUUUGCCAUCCCAGGCACAGUCUCCCUUAGCCUCCUCUCUGGAGCCCUCUUUGGCACACUGAGGGGUCUGUGCCUUGUAGCAGUUGUUUCAACAAUUGGAUCCUGCGCGUGCUUCACGCUCAGCAGAUUGGUGGGAAAGGCCCUGGCGCAUGCUGUGUGGCCAGAGCAGCUGAAGUCUUUUGAGAAAGAGGUGGAGAAGCGCAAAGGGGAUCUCUUGAAUUAUGUCAUUUUCCUGCGCGUGACGCCCCUGCUGCCAAACAUCUUCAUAAAUAUUGCGUCACCCGUUGUGAACGUUCCGAUAUUUCCCUUUGCUUUUGGCACACUGUUGGGCUGUCUGCCCAACAACUUCUUGGCGGUGAACGCUGGCAGCAAGCUGGGCGAACUUAAGAGUUUUACUGACUUAUACGACGCCAAAAUCCUCCUUGUUGGUGAGCACCUGCUCUUGCUGAUGUCUUUGGGAGUGUCACUGCCCAUGCCUUGCAAGUGUGCUUGCCAACCCAUGGCAAACUGGGGUCCUCUGUUUAUCCAGUGGCGUGUUUUGGGUUGUGAGAGACUCCCUUAA